UCUCCACGUUAAGAAUGCAAAUAUUGCGCACAAAUGAUAUAGGUCAAUUUUAUAUUUUAAAUUUUCAGUUUAUGUAAAGGCAAGAAACAAAGGAAUUAAGAAGGCUAAUGACGAAAUAAAGUCGUUUGUGUGAUUUGUACGAGUUGGAUCAAUGGUCUCAUCUUGAGAUGGUUUGAAUCAUUAUGCACGCCAACAAGGAAGGCGGGUGCACGAAAUUCGGCAUAUAAAGGAGGCAGGAGGGACAAGCUUAAUAUUACAUCUUGCCUACAGACAGUGACCCCCUAAUCCCCCGUCUAUCUUGGGCUCUUUUCUUCAAUGUUUCACCAUCAUGGAUCCUCCCUCAGGAUCUCCUCCCAUAAAAACUGUGCCUGAUGACAAGAGUGUUUUCACAAGUUAAUUACAGCCUUUCUAGCACUGUACACAAAUAGUAAUUACCCCUAGAAAUUUUGUACGGCCAAGCUAUUUUUACUGACAUGAUUGCCUGAAUCUUUGAGUAAAGAAAUUGUUACCAUAGCAGCAAAUUUCUGUACAGCAAUCAUGCUUUCACUUUUCAGUUAUAACCCACUCAACAGGCCAAUACUCUUGUAAAACUGAUUGAACGCUAAGGGUGGAAGAUCAAACCAGUCCAGCUAUAAAUAUAGGGCUUUUACUUUAACACUAUCACACACAUAAAUCAUAGGAAGCCUGCUCCUUCCUUCUACGUUACAAUGGCAGAGAGCUCAAUCCCAAGUAAGUCAUCUUCAGCUGAUAUGGCACCAGAUAAACAAUCGGACCAGAAACCCUCUUCGUCACUGAAGCUAUUUGGUUUUUCACUAACUGAGCAAGACGAAAUUCUAGAGAAAGCUGAAGAAGACUUUGGAGAAAGCAGGAAAUUCGAGUGUCCAUUUUGCCACCGAGUAUUUGCCAACUCUCAAGCACUGGGCGGCCAUCAAAAUGCACACAAGAGAGAGCGUCAAAGAGCUAGGCGCGCCCAGUUUAACAGCCAUCAACGGUACAUAGCGGCUGCGCCAGUUUUAAGCUCCCAUGCUGUAAGGUCGAUGCCACCCAUGUUUCCGAGCGGGUUAAGUAGCAACAGUACUGGUAAAUUUGUUUCACAACCAGGUUACUGCCCAUCACGGCCACUGCUGCUUCCUUCAACUCCUUCUCAGUAUCCUCCUCGAAUUUAUAUAGCACAGCCAUUGCAUUUUGCAACAGUAGCAGACUCGUCGUUUACUGAAUUUUCUGGUAAAUUGCCAGAGGCGGACAUUGGCGUUGAUCUUCAUCUUAAACUUUCUCCUUCAGGUUGUUAGAUAUAUAGCCCCCCCAUCUGUACCAUGGAGUUUUAAUCCAUCCCCUCUCUGCGCUUUUAUGUUUUGCUUUUUCCUUUUUUUUUUUUUUUUUUCUGUUUAAAUUAGAACUGGAAUGUGUUAUCUUUUGUUGAAACAUCUUCCAAUGUAUUGAAAAGUGUGAUUUUCCAGGCAAUUCGAGUCGACAAGCUUUACACAA